AUUGGUGAUCAGUUAAAUUGCUGACGACGAUUUUAAUUAAAACAUUUACGUCAUUACCAUUUUAUUGAUCAUUUUUCACAUUUUCAUCAUGGAUUUGAAUCGACCAGGACCAUCUCGUCGUCAUAUUUCAUCGGGUACUGACAAUGUUUCUUCAACUCCCAUGUUUACCGAAAGUUAUUUUACUGUCGAUUCUGAUAAUUUUGACCAAACAGCAGCAAAAACAUCAUCGUCUUCACCACCGGUUCCACCAUCGACACAAGGGUUUAAUAAUUAUAAUCAAAUGAAUUCCUUCUUCAACCAGAAUGAUAAUUAUGGAAUUUCUUCACCUACUCCACCGGUGUCAUGCUCAUCAUCUUGGCAACAACCACCUUCGAUGCCGCCAAUGUCGGGAUUUUCUUCGGGACAAAUACCACAACAACAAUUUCAUCAGCCAAUGUUUCCAAAUCAACAAUUUUUAAUGGCUGCUGGUCAACAACUCCUAUCUAAUCCGAUGACCGCGGCUGCCAUUGAUGCUUAUUCACAAUCAUUGGUUGACAAAAGUAAAGGUUGGAUGGGCAACAUAAAACAAUAUUUUGCCGUUGAUACAAAUUAUGCAAUGAAAAAAUUAUUGCUUAUAUUUGCACCAUUUUUGCAUAAGGACUGGUCAAUUCGAUACAAUUCUGAAAUUGUAGCGCCUAGGGAUGAACCUAAUUUGCCCGAUCUAUAUAUACCAUCUAUGGCAUUUAUAACUUAUAUUUUGGUCUCCGGUUACAUACUCGGAUUGCGUAAUCAAUUUGCUCCUGAACAAUUGGGAAUUUAUGCUUCAAGUGCUCUAGCAUGGCUACUGUUGGAAGUUUUUCUAAUUAUGAUUGCUAAAUAUGUUAUGAAUCUAAGUUCGGCACUUGGAUUCUUUCACAUGGUGGCAUUCGGUGGAUAUAAAUUCGUUUGUAUUGAUACUUUACUUUUAGCUGCAAUUAUGUUUGGACGUAAUGGUUAUCUCAUAUUAUUUAUGUAUUGUACAGUAUCAUUGGGUUAUUUUCUUAUUCGAGCAUUGAGUACAAAUCUCCAACAAAGCCAACAAUCCUCCUACCAGCAUCAAUAUGGUGAUAAUCCUCGAACAGCAUAUUAUUUGGUGAUAUUUAUUGCUCUAUUGCAGCCAUUCAUUAUGUAUUUUUUGACAUCAAGUUUAUCAACCACCAUUCAUGAUCCUAGUGGUUCGACGAUACCUUCUAAGCCUAUAGAAUAAUUUUGAAUGUUUGUUGAAGGUACUUCCUAAAUUUUUAUCAUUUUUGAUUAAAUUUUCUAUAAUCAUAUA